CCUAAUCUUCAGAUUUCCUGAAAAUUUACAUUUAAUAUCUUUAAAUUUAUUGUAUUUUAGAAAAAUGGGGGGUCAACCUGACAGAAGAUUUGAAACAAGAUUUGUUUGGGACCAUGGCGGGGAGGAUAUAUACCUCUGCAUCUUCAAUACUAAUCAGAAUAUAACCCUUCCUAUGCACAGAAACACAGAAGGAUAUUUCGAGGUGAAGACAGAGCUUGGUCAGGGUAGGUUUGAAUACUGCUUCUCUGUAGACGGAAAGUGGACUCAUGAUCCGGAUCUUCCUGCCCUCAGAAACCAGUUUGGACAUUUUAGUAACAUGAUAAAAAUCGUUGAUCCUCAGCGAGUGAUAGAAAGCAAAGUGGCCAGGUUUGCCAAUAUUGUAAGAACCGGUUCUGCAACAUACAGUACACCCUUGGAGAAAUGUUUUUCGAAUUCACAAAUCCAGGAUCAUAAAAAUGGACAUGUUCAACAAGAUAGAUUUAAUCAAGAUAACACAAAUGAAGAUCUUGUUCUGAAUGAAGAUGAUGAUUGUAUCACAGAUGACGAUGAUGUUCCUGAUCUAGAUGAUCCUAUUCCUGACUAUAGAAUCCAACAAGAAACUAUUAUAAACCCUAUUCAUGCAAGCUUAGCAAUUCAAGCUCCAAGUGAAAUCAAUGCUAGUAAAAAUACUUCAAAACUUAAUGAAUUCUCUGUAAAUGAACCAAAAGAUAAAGUAAAGUCUAACUCUGUUACUACAAAAAGCACUUCAAUUGCUACAGGAAAUAAUGAGCCAAACUCUUUAGAGGUAUCUGUUUCAAAUCCUUCAUUUGAUACUGAUUCACUGCAGCAUAUUCAAAACAAUCUACCCGUGAACCUAAUAAAUACAGAAACCCAAAUGCCUACCUCAAAUUUUUCUGAAUCUAACCUCACUUUGGCUGAAAGUAAAGCGUUUAAGCACGAUCCUGAAACUUCUAUUAUAUCAGCAACUACUUCCAAGGAUACUAAUUCUUCAUUUGGGACUUCAACGUCAACAACAAAUACCCAAGUUGCUUCUGUUCAAGUUGGUUCUGGAGUUUUCUCAUUUCCAGCAACUACUAUGUCCAAAGCUGGAGUGGUUGAAACAAGUACUGAAAAAACUCCUGUCGUAAUGCUUUCCACAGUAACUUCAAAUUCUAAUGCCUCUGAUAUUUUAGAUACCAAUACUUCUGCUGCUUCAAAUUAUGAACCCUUUACUCCCACAAACAUUUCUUUAGAAACAAAAAAUUCUGUGAUUACAACUUCUGAAGCAAUCAUUGUUAGUACUUCUCUUGUAGAUGAUGUGUUGAGUCCGAAAGUUAGUUUUUCUACAGUUUCUACAGAUAUCAUUAAUACUUCCUCUACUGAUGCAGCUACUGCAACUGUAGCUACUUCUCUAGUAGUGUCUACUCCAUUAGCUCCAACUCACCUUUUUUCAACUCUUGCAGAUUCCAGUCAUACAAAUACUACUGUUGCAACUACACCUGUUGCCAGCACUCCUGAAAUGUGUACUCUUUUAACUAAUACUAUUGAAGUUACUUCUCCAAAAACAACUCGGUCUUUUAUCAAUCCUCCAGCUACUAAUACUACAUUUACUACUCCUGUUGAUACCACUUCUGCAGCUAAUACUACUCCUGCUCCUACUACUUUUGCAGCUGCUACUCCUGCAGAUACUAAUCCUGUAGUUACUUAUCCUGCAGCUACUACUCCUGUAGAUUCUACUACUGUAGAUUCUACUUCUGCUGCUACUACUCCUGCAGCUACUAAUUCUGUAGUUACUACUCCAGCAGCUACUACUCUAACAGCUACUACUCCUGUACCUUUUACUCCUGCUGCUACUACUCCUGUAGAUAAUACUCUUACAGCUACUACUCCUGUAGAUUCUACUCCUGCUGCCACUACUCCUGCAGCUACUAUUCCUGUAGCUACUACUCCAGCAGCUACUGCUCCAGUAAAUACUACUCCAGCAGCUACUACUCCAGCAGCUACUACUCCAGCAGCUACUACUCCAGCAGCUACUACUCCUGCAGCUAUUACUCCUUUACCUUUUACUCCUGCUGCUACUACUCCUGCAGAAUCUACUCCUGCUGCUAUUAUUCCUGUAGAUAAUACUCAUGCAGCUACUACUCAUGUAGCCACUACUCUUGCAGAUAGUACUCCUGUAGAUACUACUCCUGUAGAUACUACUCCUGUAGUUACUACUUCUGUAUAUACUACUCCUUCAGCUUCUAAUCCUGUAGAUACGGCUCCUGCAGCUACUACUUCUGAAGCUACUACUGUUGUAGCUACUACAGUUGUAGCUACUACUCCAGCAGCUAUUACUUCAGCAGCUACUACUCCAGCAGCUUCUACACCUGCAGCUACUACUCCUGUACCUUUUACUCCUGUACCUAUUACUCCUACUACUACUACUCCUGCAGAUACGACUCCUGUAGCUACUACUCCUGUAGCUACUACUCCUGUAGAUACUACUUCUGAAGCUACUACUGUUGUAGCUGCCAAUCAUAAAGUCAAUCCAGUAGAUACUACUCCUGUAGCUAUUACUUCUGCAGCUAUUAGUCCUGUAGCUACUUCUUUAGCUAAGAAUCCUGGAGCUACUACUCCUGUAGCUUCAGCUCCUGUAGCUACUACUCAUGUAGCUACUACUCCUGUAGCUAAUACUUCUGAAGCUACUACACCUGUAGCUUCCCCUCCUACAGCUACUAUUCAUGCAGCUACUUCUUUAGGUACAGUAGGUACUUCUCUUGCAGUUUCUACUUUUACUCCUGCUGAAACUCCUUCAGUUACUAUUCCUGCAGCUAAUACUUCUGCAGCUACUACUCCUUCAGCUACUACUCCUUCAGCUACUACCUCUACUCUUUCCGCUUCUACUCCUGUAGCUACCACUCCUGCAGCUACUACUCCUGAAGCUACUCUUCCUGCAGUUUCUACUCCUUCAGCUAUUACUCUUGCAGCUACUACUCCAGCAGGUACUACUCCUGUAGAUACUACUCCUGCAGCUUCUAAUUCUGUAGCUACUGCUCAUGCAGCUACUACUUCUGAAGCUGCUACUGUUGUAGCUGCCAAUCCUAAAGCUACUGAUCCAGCAGAUACCCGUUCUGGAGCUACUAAUCUUAUAGCUAUUACUCCUGCAGCUACUAGUCCUUUAGCUACUUCUUUAGCUAAUAAUCCUGGAGCUACUUCUCCUGUAGCUACAACUCCUGUAGUUACUAGUCAUGUAGCUUCUACUUCUGCAGCUACUACUCCUGCAGCUACUAAUCCUCCAGCUACUAAUCCUGUGGCUACUACUCCUGUGGCUACUACUCCUGCAGCUUCCCCUUCUACAGCUACUAUUCAUGCAGCUACUUCUUUAGGUACAGUAGGUACUUCUCCUACUGAAACUACUACUUCUCCUACUAUUCCUGCAGCUACUACUCAUGCAGCUACUACUCCUGCAGCUACUACUCCUGCAACUACUACUCCUGCAGAUACUAUUCCUGCAGCUACUACUCCUGUAGCAACUACUCCUGCAGCUUCUUCUCCUGCAUCUAAUACUUCUGCACCUACAACUCCUUCAGUUACUACUCAUGCAGCUACUACUCCUUCUGCUACUACUUCUUCAGCUACUACUCCUGAAGCUACCACUUCUACUCCUUCAGCUGCUAUUCCUGUAGAAACUACUCCCGCAGCUACUUUUCCUGCAGUUUCUACUUCUUCAGCUACUACUCCUGCAGCUACUACUCCAGCAGCUCCUACUCCUAAAUCUACUGAUCUUGCAUCUACUACCCCUGUAUUUACUACUCCCACAGAAACUACUCCUGUUGUUAUUUAUCCUUCAGUUACUACCUCUGAAGCUCCUUUUCCUGCAGCUAAUAAUCCUGUAGAUCAUACUCCAAGAGCUACUUCUCUUGUAGAAACUACUCCUGCAGCUACAAUUCCUGUAGCUGCCACUUCUGCCGCUCCAACUCCUGUAGCUACCCUUCCUGCAGCUACUAGUCUUGCAGCUUCUGCUCCUGUAGCUACCCCUCCUGCAGCUCCUAAUUCCGCAGAUGCUACUCCUUUAGCUACUUAUCCUGCAGCAACUAAUCCUGCAGCUACUUUUAAAGAAGCUACCUCUCUUACAGCUACUAAUCCUGCAGCUACCACUCAUGAAGCUCCCCCUCCUACAGUUAGUAAUUCUGCAGCUACUUAUCCUGCUGCUACUAUUCCUACUUCAACUACUCCUUUAGCUGCUACUUCUGCAGCUUCUGCUAUGGAAAUUACUGCUACUUCUCUAGUUAACACUACAGAACUUCUUUUUCCAGUAUUGCCUAUUGAGCCUGCAAAUAUUACUAAAAAUAUUGCUGACACUGAAACUUCUAUCAUUAUUUGUGUUAACCCUGAAACUUCCAAGAUAAGUGUUGAUGACACUGAAACUGUGAACAAAGGCUGUGUUGACCCUGAAGCUAUGAAUAUCAGCUGUUUGAUCCCGGAACCUGUUUCAGGAAGUAUCCCUGAGGUCACAGAAAGCUCGAGAUCUCAGGCAGUAGAGGGGGAGAAUUUGAACACGAAAGAUAUGAAUUUUAUCAAGAGAAUAUUUGGAUUUGGUGAAAAGUCUAGUCCUGAGGUGUCCAACAACAAUGAAUCUUUAUCUAUUGAGACAAAUCUACCCAACCUUGUCAAUCAAACUACCUCAAAUGACACUAACAAAGACCCCAAUGAGAACAUUGAUAGUGAUAAAUCUCCAAAGCUAACAAAUACAGAAAGCAAUAAUGCAGAAAACGUAAAUGAUGUGAUUAUUAGAGAAAAAACAAGUGAACAGAAGAAAGAAAGCAAUUGCAUGCAUGAGAGAGUUGCAAAGCCGGACCUAAAUAGUUCUCUAGAUAAUAUUCAGCAAAGCCAUGAAGUGAUAGAAGUAACAGAUGAGCUAUCUUUGAUAGAAAAUGAGUCAAAACAAGGUAUUUGUGAGUUUACAGAUGAAAAAAUCCCAAAGACAUCAUCAAACUCAACAGAAGAAAAAAAUAUAAUUUGUCAUCCAACUGACACACCAUCUAAAAAUCAGGCGGAAGAAGGCAAUAUUACAAAUACUGAAACUACUGAAAAUCUUAAAUCUGUCAAUACAAAUAUUACUUUGCUAGAACAGAAUAAUCCAGAGAUUGCAGAAGAAGUAAGCUUAAUUCUAAAUGCUGGGUCAGUCAAUAAAGACAUUCCAGAAUUUGCAGAAAGUAAAAAUGUUUUAAAUUUUUCACUAAAAAAAGGAGAUAUUGAGACAAGCAAGGAUGAUGAAAACAAGCUUAGCAAUGUUGUGAAUGCUAACUCUGAAUGUAGUGAAAACUCUUUUACUACAGAGGAUAGUGAUGAUGAGUUCAGUACUGACAUACUGGAGAAAGAUAACCCAAAAGAUAAAAGAGAGUUCCCUACAGAAGGGUUUAAAGAAAAUGACACCAAUUCAAAACUACUAUCAGAACAGAAAGCAGUUGAAUCUUAUCAUGGAGUUCAAAUAAAUAUAACUAAUCAUGAUAAUCAGGGAAGUGACUUGAUUGUGAAGCCAAAAGAAACAGAUCUUUUCUCUCAGAUCAAAACAACUUUUGUAUCCAUUGAAAGAUCUCGAUCCAGAAGUGAACUUAGGCUUGGAUUGGACACAGAUUUACAGAAAUCUUCAUCAAGGUCAAAGCUGUUUGAGUCAGCUUCAAAGGGUAAAGAUGGCAAAGUUGGUUUCCCACACAGAGAAUCAAGACCUAAAUCUCCAAUUGAAACUAUAUUAUCAGAUGAAGAAACUGAUCAAAUUACUGUGAUGAGUCCCUGUGUUAAGCGUAAGAUGCAGGAACAAGAACGUGGAUCUACGGUUAUGAAGUUGGAUGCUAUUUUUGCUCCAAUGAGAUCAGAGUCUGUUGAUGACAUGAGAACAAGUAUAAGAAUAAGAGGAAUGGGAGAUGUAAAUCUAAAACCUCAAGUUAUCCAAAAGAGAGGCUUCGAUCACAACAAAAUGGACCAGGCCAUAGAACAGAAAAGAAUCCAACAAAAGCUGAUAAGUAUGCCUGAUAAACCUGCAAAGUACAAGAAACCUAAACCAAAAUUGCCUCCAAAAGAACCUUCACCUCCUCCACAGAAAGAGUUAAUACCAGUUCAUGAGCCAUCUCUACCACAGAAAGAGUCCUCACCAAUUCCAACAAAUAAGCCUACGCCAGAACCACCAACGUUUGAAGUUCUUAUGCCUAAAAUAGUUACAAAUGAAGAAAACAGAUCAUCACACCUGGUCAUACCCACCACACCAGCCAAGAUUGGCAUUAAUGGAUUCGACCGAAUGGGAAGAUUGAUAUUAAGGUCUGCAAUAGAAGCUGGAUAUGAUAUUGCUGCAGUCAAUGACCCCUUCAUUCCUCUUCAUUACAUGGUACACGCUCUCAAAUUUGAUAUCUCUAAUACACCUUGGAAAGGAAAGAGGAAGGAUCUGAAUAUACAAGAAGGUCCUUUGGGUAACUUAAUCAUUAAUGGCAAGACAGUUGAAGUAUUUACUGAACGAGAUCCUAAAAAGAUACCUUGGGAGAUGGUUGAAGCUAGCAUAGUAAUUGAAACUAAUGAAGCUCUCAACACAUUUAAUGAUGCUAAGCUUCAUCUACGGGAAAUUCCAGAGGUUUGUGAAGAAACCACAGAGAAAGGAGGAUCACAUUAUCCUGGAGUACAGAAAGUUUUAAUUGCGUUCCCAUCACCAGAUGCUAAAUGUUUAACGUUAGGCGUCAGUAAAAUACCAGAAAGCUUGACAAGCAAAAUCAUUUCUCACACCUCAGCGGCUGUGUCUGCAUUAGCUAUUGUUCUGAAGGUUCUGGAUGAUAAGUUUGGAAUACAGUUUUGUUCUUUUACUCUACUAAAAGCUGUGAUGGGGGCGAAUAGAGAUAUAAAAUGCCCUGUUCUUGGUCCUAACAACCACACAAGGAGUGUUAAAUUUGAUUUUAAAGAAACUCUUGUACCAGUUCAGCCCCUAGAGGUCCAGGAGGGGGUGUUUAGAGUUCUGCCGAACAUGCGUGGACGGAUGACUGGUUUACUAGUCUAUACUCCAAUACCUCAAGUUUCUAUGCUAGAUCUCACUGUUUCUACUCAAACCCAGUCCCAAGAUAUUUACAGAGAUGUUUGCAAGGAGAUGAAAGCUAGAGCAGAAUCAUCUCAUAAAGGAAUUAUAAACUAUGUUCCCAAAAUGUCAACAGAAAAUAGUGCUAGUUGUUUAUUUGCCGGUACAACGAGUACUGUCGUCUUCGAUGAUAAAUCUGGAGUUCAGGUGUCAGACAACUGUGUAAAGCUAGUCCUGUGGUUCGAUAACGAAUCAAGUUUCGCCUCUAGAAUUAUCGAUAUCGUUAAAGCCUAUCAGAAACCUCCAUCACCUCUCAACAGAGUUUAAAAUGUACGAUAAACUUGAUCAAUGCACUAAAGGAUAAAAAAUUAUGAAAACUGA